UUUUUUUUUUUUAAACCAAAGAAAAAUCGUGCUAACAAAGGAAAAGAAAUCUGUAUUUUGGAGACCCAUCCGUUAUAAAUAUGUUCCAUCUAAGAGGCAUCUCUCGCCUCUCUUGGAGAGCAUUUCAGUUACGCCCCUUCAGUUGUGAGUCACUAGUAACUCAAAUGCAGAACUGUACAGAUGAAGAACAAGUAUUCGAUCUCAUUGAAAGAAAUACGGCCACACUUUCAGAACAGCAAGUGGGCUGUGCAUUUGAUGUACUCUGGCAGUUUCAGAAGCAGAAGACCAACUUGGAAAGAAAUGUUCAGUGUAUCAGAAACCAUCCCCAGUUUCUUACUCUUUGCAAUGUAACAACAAAUCACAUCGAAGCAAUGAGUGAUCACACCCUGGUGAAUGUGCUAUACAGUGUAAAACAGUUUGCUGUUGAGUCCCAUCACCCACUAGUUGAAGCACUGGUUAUAGAAGCUUGGAAAAGACUGGAGGGGUUUGAUAUUAAUGUGCUGUCAAUAUUUUCCACCUGCCUGGCCGAUCAGCAUUUACAUUUUAGUCCAUUAAUGGGAAAAAUAGCUGAUAUUGUAAAUAGGAACUUGGAAACCAUACAGGAUGCAAGGGCCCUGUCUGUCUUGAUGGUCAGCAUUUCUUCUGUAAUAUCACACUGUUUUCAAGAACGACUUGUGAACAAAGCAGAACUUCUCUUAGACACUGUGGAUUCUUCCAAGGUCAACACUGCAAGAAGGAUGUUACUGUUCCUUCGCAAUGUCAAGUAUAGUUAUUACCCGCUACUAGAGAGGUGUAAUAGAGUGUUCACAAGCAAUGUGAGCCUUCUUGACUUGGAGUCCAUCAGUAGAAUCCUCAGUCUCUAUCAGUUCCUGCAGUUCCAUAGUUUUGAAUUUAUUGAAGUGGCUCGAAGAAGGCUAGCGGAGAUGAUCCCCUGGUCAUCUGGUUACCCCGAAAGCUUUGUCAGAUUGUUUGCCACGUUGGGACCAGUGGCAGGACCUGAAAUAAAGAAACAGCUUGAAUCAACUAUACUGCUGAUGUCAGAGGAGCUGACCAGCCAGCAAGUGCUGACAGUGUUGGGAGCAAUGGGAGAUAUGGAAAGCAGAAAUGCACACUUGAUUAAAAAAAUUGCUUCAAUUCUAUAUAAACAUUUGGGUAACUAUAAAUCGAUAGAGCUACUGAAGGUAACACAAGCACUGAAUUAUCUACAUUUUCAAGAUAAGGAGCUUUUUGUGAAACUCAGAGAGUUAAUUCUCAGUCGUUUGGAAGCCAGCGUCACCCCAAGUGAGAUCUCUAUUCUGGUCUCUGCUCUCUCUCUGCUUCCUCUUCCUCACCUCAGUGAAGCAGCAGUGUCCCGGAUUGAAGCAGUUUUACCACAGUGUGACUUCAAGGAAUUGAGUGAUGUUGUAGCAUCUCUCAUGAGGUGGAUUCAGAAUGAUCACAUGUGCUUGGCUAGCACUACUAGAAAGCAACUGGGUCUCCUUCAAAAAUUAGAUCAUUGGGGCCAUCAUCGAUUACAACAAAGCAACAACUUGGAUCUACUGUGGGAGGAGCUUAAAUCUUUGAAAGGAGAGUGGCUUCAUGAAUCAUUUGUUGAAGAAUCAGUUGCUGCUUUACAACACUUUGCGGAUGAAAUCAAUUGCACCAAUGUUGCGAAGAUUGCAUCUUUCCUUUCCAAAACUAACUACCUCAGCACUCUGCUGCUUGAUAGGAUAGCUUCGGUGGUUGUUCAGCAGAUUGAUAAGAUCCAUCCCUUUUCAAUCCUUGCUAUUAUCCUUCCAUUCAGCAUUUUGAACUAUGAUCCACCUCAAAGGGAUGAGUUUUUUGGAGCCUGUGUCCAGUGCCUUAAUUCUUAUGUAGGUACACUGGACCCUGUUACAUUAGUGUUUCUUGGUUUUUCUUUGGCCACACUUGAAUAUUUUCCAGAAGAACUGCUAAAGAAAAUGUUUAACAUUGAGUUCUUAGCCAGAUUAGAUUCUCAGCUUGAAAUUUUACCUUCAACUCUAAGUGCAAGGGUCCAGUUACGCCUUAUGGAGUUAAACAGAGCAGUCUGCUUGGAAUGCCCCGAAGUUCAGAUCCCAUGGUUUCAUGAUCGCUUUUGUCAAGGGCAGUAUAACAAAGAUAUUGGUGUGAUGAAUGGAGCACAACAGCGGAUCUAUAGAAUGUUAGCAGAAGUCCUUGGAGGACUGAGAUGUGUAAAGCCUUCUGCGCUUUCUCCAUAUUACCACAUCGUGGAUUUUGAAUGCAUUUUGGACAAACGAAAGAAACCUCUCCCUUAUAAAAGCCGUAGCAUAACUCCAGGAAAAUCACCAGGAAUAUACUGGGAGUCACAAACUUCAAAAGUUGAGUCAAGCCUUCCACCAGAAUCUGAGAGGAUUGCUUUAGAAUUUUUGGAUGUAAGAGCCUUUUGUUCAAACAUUCCUCACUUAAAAGGAAAAUCUGCUAUGAAAAAACGGCAUUUGGAAAUUUUGGGCUAUCGUGUUAUUCAGGUCCCUUACUUUGAGUGGAACUCUAUGGCACUGUCAACAGAGGAUGCCAGGAUGGACUACCUGAGAGAACAUAUAUUUGGAGCAGGCAAAUCAUGAUUGAGUUUUCAUUAAAAUGGCUAUGGCAUACCA